AUUUGUGUGAGCAUUUGCCAACACUGGAAAGAACAAAAUGGUGAGCUGUGAGGAGCUAUAUGGUGGAGAAGAGCUUCCACUUAUCCAACCAGACCCUGUGAUGUUGGAGAUUCAUCGUUUGCAAAAUCAACUCUCAGAAAAGGUUAAGGGACUGGCGAGUUGCCAGAGUGAAAUCAAAGCCUUAAAGUCAACCGAAGCUAAGAAGGAUAAGGCAAUAGAAGAGCUGAGAAAUGAAGUCAAUAAGCUAGAGGAGAGACUUCAACUUGCUGAGGAUCAUCUUAAACACAAGAACCUAGAAAUCAAGAAACUAACAGAAGAAAAGAAAGAUGCAUUGGCUGCACAAUAUGCUGCAGAAGCAGCUCUUAGAAGGGUACACACAGAUCAAAAGGAAGAUGAUUUUGUUCCUCUUGAGAGUGUCAUUUCUCCUCUUGAGGCUGAGAUUAAGAUUUAUAGGAAUGAGAUUGCAGCACUGCAGGAAGAUAAGAAAGCUUUGGAACGGCUCACAAAAUCCAAAGAGUCAGCGUUGCUUGAAGCGGAGAGGAUUCUAAGAAGUGCACUAGAGAGAGCUUUGAUAGUUGAGGAAGUUCAGAAUGAAAACUUUGACUUGAAGAGACAGAUUGAGAUAUGCCAGGAGGAGAACAAAAUCUUAGAGAAAACGCAUCGCCAAAAGAUUUUGGAAGUUGAGAAACUAAGCCAAACCAUCCAUGAACUUGAGGAGGUCAUCUUAUCUAGUGGAGCCAAUGCUAAUGCCAUUCGCGAUUAUCAACGACAGAUUUCAGAAUUGCAAGAGGAGAAGAGGACACUGGAGAGGGAGCUAGCAAGGGUAAAAGUUUCAGCCAAUAGAAUUGCAACUAUUGUGGCUAAUGAGUGGAAGGAUGAGAAUGACAAGGUCAUGCCUGUCAGGCAAUGGCUGGAAGAGAGAAAGAUCAUGCAGGCAGAGAUGCAACGGUUGAAAGAAAAGCUAGCUAUAUCAGAGAGAACAGCGAAGGCAGAGUCACAACUGAAGGAUAAACUGAAGCUGAGGUUAAAAACACUAGAAGAAGGCUUAAAGAAUUUCUCAAGUAACCCAAUCAAUUCAAAUGCUGGGUCUGCAAAAGCAGAAAAAUCUAACAUCUUAAGUUUCCUAACAAACAAUGGUGGACUGAGAAACAGAUCCUCAUCACAACCAAGGGCAUCAACUGUUGGAAGCUCUUUUUUUCAAAAGCCAAAUAUAAAAAGCAACAUAGACAGUGUUGCUGGGAACCUAAAACAGGACAGCAUUGUAAAAAAGAAGCAUGGUUCUGCCGAAAAUGUGUUGAAGAAAGGUAUAUGGGCAUCAAGAAAUAAAGUUGCUGAUAGUGGUGAAAAAGAAAAUGAGACGCAGAUGAAUACAGGCAUGAAUUCAAAUAAAUGUAAUGAUGAAAGAGAAGCAGGAGAAAUUAAAGUCAGUGUUGAUGAAGACUCCAAAAACAAUAGCCGUAAUGAUUUAGGCAGCAAUGAUGUGGUUUCAGGUUUUCUAUAUGACAGACUUCAAAAAGAGGUGAUCAAUUUGAGGAAGUUCUGUGAAAUUAAAGACAGUAGCUUGCACACAAAAGAUGAAGAAAUAAAGAUGCUCACGAAGAAAGUUGAUGCACUGACAAAAGCUAUGGAAGUGGAGUGGAAGAAAAUGAAAAGAGAAGCAGCUGCUAGAGAGAAGGAAGCUGCAUCAACAAAAUCAGAUGAUAACAGGAAAAACAGAAGCUCAAACCCCUCUAGAAGGUUGGUGAAAGAUUACUGAUUCUUUAUUGAGGGACAAUUGAAGGCGAUUUAUUAAUCAAUGAUGUCUUGCGAUUCUUAUUUGUAAAUACAAAAAAUUAGUGAGGUAGUGUGUUGAAAUAAAGUUCUGCUGGGGUAAGGGAGUCUGGGAUCUGACUCUGUACAUAUACUAUACUUAUUUAAAUGAUUUUCCUUUGUGU